ACCAGCCAUCGCAUUCUGAAAGAAGAGACGUUGCCUUCUGGUCAUACUGGCUUGAAGACCUUAUUAUUUACAUGACAUAAACAUUACAGAAAUUUCCUGCAGAUGGCAUUGCGGACAACGGGCUGUUGGUGGAGCAGGGAUCCAACCGAAGACCAGCAGCGAUAUUACGAACUGCUGGGUGACGUCUGCGCGUAUGAACCCAAUACCAGCAGCGGACUGUUGAUACUGCGAAGGAAAGUGGGUUACGCCAUAUACGGGGUACCAGACGAAGAAUCGAAAUGUAAGAAUGCCCACACUGGGUACAGUGACAAAAAGUACGAUACUAUCAAGGAUGUCGUGGAAUCAAUAAGAGACGUAAACAAGGAGAAGACAAGACACAGAAAUCAACUUGAUAUGGCCAUUAUAUUUGUCUUUGUGGAAUGGGAGAAGCAGGUGCUGCAGUACCCUGUGUUCAGAAUAGUGCUCACGAAAACCUUGUGGAAAUUCGUAGAUACUAAUUGUCGUGUUUAUUCAUCAUGGGAUGAUUACUUGACAUUUAAUGAACUACCGGAAGGAAAGUUCUGCUACCCUGUCAACGGCAUCUACAUUGGUGGCUACGGAGACAAAGUGGAGCUUCAGUGGGGCAGAACACCUGCAGCAGAACCAGCCAGAAAGGCGAUUGAGACUGUGGAUAAGGUCAGUGGUGCGGCUACCCUUGCAGGGACAGCUGUGUGCGUCAUCGGUCUGUUUACGCCUUUGGGUCCACUGAUGGCUGCAGCUAGUACUUGUACUGCUGUUACUGGAAUGUACAACGCAAUACGCAGUAGCUCAACACUGAUCGACCGUGGUGCUCACGGCCAAACUAUCAACCCCUUGAACGAUCGUCAGGCGGCUCUGUCCUGGCUGUCCGUGGCGGGAAGCGCGGUCGGAGUGGCUGCAGGGACAGCGACCAGCAGAGCGGCAGCUCUGGCCAGGAACGGUCAAGUGAUGAGCAGGACGGGCCAAAUAACGUGCAACGCCCUCAACGUCACCUCGCUGGCUGUCAACGCGACGGGUAUUGGUAUCGGAGCCUUCAGCCUUGGCGAGCGCAUCAAGGAGGGCGAGGCAACACCUCUCGAAGUGCUCCAGUUCAGUGCCUCGGUGCUAUUUUUCACCCACGCAACAGUCAACUUCCAGACAGCUUCACAGAUAAUCAAGGACACCCAAAAGGGAGUAAUAGAAGAUUACCAGAAGAGUCUGAGAAGCAACAGACACAGGAGAGCGUUCAAGAAGUUGGCAAGGAACACCGCAGCUACUGGUGACAAUUUGGUGGACGGCAAUGCAAAAGUUAUUAGGGGCAUCCGUAGCAUUGACAAUAAGGACGAUUUCUUUGCUGGCAUCGUUAGGACAAGAAAAGACUUUGGUGGCCACAAAGCAAUUUUUUCUGAAAAUGGAAACAUUAUCGUGAAUGGUAGUGCAGAAAUACACCCAAUGAAGUUGUAUGAGCUGGGCAAAGAGCAAAGGAAGGAGUUCCUCUCACUGGCCAAGCAGGCAUCGCAGGGCAAAAUAUCCGAUGCCACUUUCAGAGCUCGUUUUGACUCAGUACUCAAUUCUAACAUUGCAGGCUCCUCUGGUAGAAACACGUCGCUGAGCAGUGACGCAACGGAGGCAAUAAAUGCACUUACGUCACAGCUGCAGCAGGGAAUACAAGGGAUAACCAUAGGCAGAAAUGAGCUUGUGCUUAUGAUGUCAGUUGUGGAUGAGCUCACACACCUGGUGUGCUCGAGGACCAACAAUAAAUACGCAAAAUGGUGGCAGCUUAUCUGGUAUCACGUUAGCAAGCUUGUUAGGGAAAUGAUGGCUACAUAUGAUGAAACUCUGCACCUUGAAAGACAGAUUCAUAAGUUCGUAGAUAACGACCGUUUCAACCUGGAACACGGAAUUCAAAUGUCCAAAGCCUUCAUUCGUUAUGUUCAUAAGGUAUAUCAUCGGUACAAAGAUCACAUUGAGGAACUGAUAAAUGAUAUAGAGAAACUGAUGACAAAUGCCGCAGAGAAACAGGACACAAUUUGUCCAUGCUGUAAACAGGCAAUGUGAUAAAUAAAAACGGUGUACUUAGGGAAUUUGUGCAUUCCGAACUGGAAUGGCGAAAGACAAAAUAUUGUUUUUUUUUUGCAACAGUUUCCGUAACACAAUUGUUUUAGAGUAAAUGUAACAUGUGUUUUUAUUAUAAAGGACUUCACCAAUUUUACCUUGUGAUAUUGUGUAUAAGGUAUAGUUACAUGUUUAUGCAAGGUAGAAGUACCUCACAAUUUUGAGCUUCAGUUCAUGGUACAUGAAGUGUUCAACAAAGCUUUGUGUUCCUUGUAACGCAAGAUUUGUGCAGUGUUUGGAAUCCAUUGUUGCAAUCAAAGCACUAUAAGUUUGGUACUAUAUUACUUAGAUUAUCUCAGUAUUGUCAAACUUGCAGCACAGUAAUAUGGCAUAGCUACAGUUUCACUUUAUUUGUUUGCUUCUCAUGUUAAAAAGCAACAGAACACCUAAAACGAGUAGAGAUUGGACGUUCAUAUUUACAGGACAUAUAAAUUAGCAUGUCCUGCAGAAAUGAUACGCAUUUCAGUUACCUCGGUUCAGCAUGCAUCCUGUUGCCUAAUAGUCAGAGGAUCCGCCAUGGUCCCAGGUAACUAGUUCCGUGGAUGAUGCCAUCGACUAGUAUAAGGCGCGAAUGCCGUCCUAUGAUAUAGCCUUGGUUCAAAUGGCUCUGAGCACUGUGGGACUUAACUUCUGAGGUCAUCAGUCCCCUAGAACCUAGAUCUACUUAAACCUAACUAACCUAAGGACAGCACACACAUCCAUGCCCGAGGCAGGAUUCGAACCUGCGACCGUAGCGGUAGCGCGGUUCCAGACUGUAGCGCCUAGAACCGCUCGGCCACCCCGGCCGGCGAUAUAGCCUUUCAUGCUGCGUUUACCUGAUUACAAUGUUCAUCUGUGGCAGGUGGCAUUUGGUCAUAGCACUGCUUUCAUCAUUUCACCAUAUACCACACAUUUUUGAUUUGGUGACAAGUCUGGUAAACUGGUGGGCUAGGGCAAAUGGCUGACGUCCUGUGACACCAAGAAGCCACGUGUUCGUGCAUCAACAUGUUUUCGUGCACUUUCUUGCUGAAAAGUGGCGCCUGGGAUGUUGUGCAGAUAGAAUAUGGCUACGGUUCACAGAAUGUCAUUCCCGUAGGUCACACUAGUCACAGUGCCCUGUACAUGUACCAACUGUGAUUUGUGGCUGUAACCAAUAGCACCCCACUCCGUCAGCGCUUGAGUUGCGCUGUAUGUCUUGUGCGAAUUGAGUCACUGUGAUGCCAUUCCCGCUGUCUGCAGUGAACCAAAACAUGGCAGUCAUUUUGAAACAAAGAGAACCUGGAUGCGUUCGAAAACAAUACCUAAUGCCAUUCCUGUCCCCAGUCACGACGUUCCAUACACCACUGCCGUCUAGCAUGUUUCUGCACAUUCGUCAAAGGUAGUCAGAGAAGUGGACGAGGCGCACGUAACAAAUGCCGUAAUAAACGGCGACGAACUGUCAUUCCUGAUAGUGUACGUUGUGUUACAGUGUUACUGUUGAGCCACACCCGAAGUGGACACAGAUCUGUCCUGUUCGGAUGAGAUGUCGAUGUUUACGGGGGAUUUCUGGGUGGUGCGGGCUGACCCACCUAGUCGUGUUCUACGGCUUUCCACGAAUCAUUCUGCACACACCCGUUGCACUGCCGAAACACUUCGUCCUUCACGAGCAGCAGCUUUCCGGAUGGAUGCAUCACAUUCUUUCAUGCCCACAAUGCGCCCUCUUUCAAACUGACUGAUUUGACCGCAUGGUUCGCCAUACGUCUGCGAAGAAUCCUGCGUGUCGGUUAUAGCUGACAAUUAUUGAACCAUAUGAAAAAAACGCAAAUUAGUUACAAACUACUGUGUGCGUGCACUUUAUUCAACAUGUAAGCGUCACUACAGAUAUUCGAAUUUAGCUUAUGACAUGCUCUAUAUGCCUGCCGUCACUGGCGAUGAUGUGGCGCAGAAAAAUAGCGAAAUUAUGCAUGAGCCUCUGAAGUGUAGGAUCACCGUUGCUGUCGUUCACCUCCUGAAUAGCUGUUUUCAGCUCAGAGAUUAUUUCUGUAUACCUUGUCAUUAAUAUAGCCCGACAAAAAGGAGUCGCAUGUGUUGAGAUACGGACAAUAAUACCGCCAAUCGAGGCCCUUGUCAGGGGACUCUGGGGACUCCAGAGCCAGAAUGCUGUCCCCUAAGUGCUCCUCCAGGACAUCAUUCUCUUGCUUCGAUGGGAUCGAGCUCCGUCUUGUAUGAACCACUUCUUGUCAAAAUCAGGGACGCUUUGGAUAAUGGGGUUGAAUUCGUCCUCCGAAACCUUCACGUCUCGUUCUGUAGUCACUGUGCCAUCAAGGAAUAUCGCACCGAUUAUUCUGUGAUUGGGCUUUCGCUCAUUGACGAAUGCAUCCGAAUGAAAGUGGGCUUUGUCGCUAAACCAAACUACACUGCUGGCCACCGUAAAUGCAACACCAAGAACUACAAGAGGUAGCACAACAAGAUUUAUUUUGUAGAUAACAUGUUGACCAAGUAUCAAAUGAUUACGUUUACAGACGUCUGUGACAUGUGGUUCCUGCCAGAAUCAGUAGCCAGAGUAGCCGCCAUUGUUGGAGAUCACCGCUGCCACACGUCUCGGCAUUGAGUCAAAGAGACGUUUGAUGUGUUCCUGGCGUACAGCAGCCCAAGCAGCUUCCACACGUUGCCAAAGAUCAUCUGGUGUGGCAGCUGGGGAUGUAAUCUGGGUCACUCGUUGAGCAACCAUGGACCACAUGUUUUCUAUCGGCGAAAGAUCCGGAGAGCGAGCCGGCUAGGGAAGCAAUUCAAUCUGGUUAUUGACGAAGAACCUUUGGACAAUGCGUGCCACGUGUGGUCGCGCAUUAUCCUGUUGAAAUAUGGCUGUGGCCGAGCCCUG